AGAGUUCUAUUUUACUCCUUCACAACAACUUCCGUUUUGCGCUAGCUUGCAUCAUUGCCGAAUAAAACAGUCGAUUUAGUUAACAAUUACUAGUUGUUCAAAAAUGACUGACAUUCAAGAUCAAGUUUUGUCGAUAUUAUCAUCAAAGGAUAAUAUAGAUUCCUUAACAUUGGCGUCUGCCUUGAAUUUAUCACAUACCAAGAUUGUUGGUGCACUGAAAAGUAUCCAUGCUUUUGGAAAUAUAAUCGAAAUGAGUCAACGCACUGAAAAAAGUUGGGAAUUAACUGAAGAAGGCAAAAAAGUAGCCCAACAUGGCAGCCAUGAAGCCAGAGUUUUCAAUGCUAUCCCAUCUGAAGGUGUUCGCAGAGAGGAACUCAUGAAAACAGAUGAAAAUGCUAAGAUCGGCUUUAGUAAAGCAAUGAGCUGUGGUUGGAUUACCUUAGACAAGGCAAAAGGAUUAGUUUUGAAAAAGGUGGACUCAAUUGAAGAUACAACCAAGAACACGUGUGAGCUUGUCAACCAAAAGCAAUUGUCAGAUAUUCCUGAUGCAGUUAUGAAUGAUUUAAAGAAACGAAAACUUGUUUCUCAGACCAGUGUCACCAUAUUUGAUGUCAAAAAAGGAUCGCAAUUCACUUUAAAACUCGAGAAACCAGAGACAGACUUAACCGCUGAUAUGCUUAUAAAUGACGCCUGGAAAACGAAAAACUUUAAAAGUUAUAACUUUAAUGCACUUGGAAUUAUGCCACCAAGCGGUCAUUUACAUCCAUUACUUAAAGUCAGAACUGAAUUUCGUCAAAUUUUCUUGGAAAUGGGAUUCACAGAAAUGCCAACAAAUAAUUGGGUUGAAAGUAGCUUUUGGAAUUUUGACGCCCUCUUUCAACCACAACAACACCCUGCUCGUGACGCUCACGAUACUUUCUUUAUAUCUGAUCCAGCAAAAUCUUUGAAACUGCCAACUGAUUAUCUUGAGCGUGUAAAGACUGUUCAUUCAAAAGGAGGUUAUGGAUCACAGGGAUAUAAAUAUGAUUGGAAAAUAGAAGAGGCUCAAAAGAAUUUAUUAAGAACCCACACGACCGCAGUAAGCACUAGAAUGCUUUACAAGUUAGCCCAACAAAAGGAAUUCAAACCAGCAAAAUAUUUCUCGAUAGACAGAGUAAAUGAAUCAAUAGACUCUACUCAUUUAGCUGAAUUUCAUCAAGUUGAAGGAUUAAUCGCUGAUAGAGAUCUUACUUUGGGAAAUCUAAUGGGCGUUCUUAAGGAGUUCUUCUCAAAAUUAGGAAUAAAAAAAUUGAGAUUUAAGCCUGCCUAUAACCCUUACACCGAACCUAGUAUGGAAAUUUUCGGUUAUCACGAUGGCCAUAAGAAAUGGGUCGAGAUCGGAAAUUCUGGCGUUUUUAGGCCGGAAAUGUUGUUACCAAUGGGUCUACCUAAGGACGUAAGUGUCAUUGCAUGGGGACUGUCUCUAGAACGACCCACCAUGAUAAAAUAUAAGAUAGACAAAAUUACCAAACUUUUUGGCCCAAAAGUUAGUCUGGCAGCAGUGUACAAAAAUCCUAUAUGCCGGCUGGAGAAACAAUAA